AUGCGAAUAGAAAGUGAAGACCGAAGCUCUGUACUAGCUGCCGAUAAUGUGCCAUCAACAAUGGAAGGACAGCAAGAAGUCUGCGACAGCAAUAUUAGUCCUUGUGCAAAUGAGGUAGAUUCGAAAGAAGUGAAUCCAAACCACGAACACACGGUAGAACUAAAGGGUAAACAAGCAUUCCUAAUCAACAUCUGUUUUGGAGAUUUAGCAUACUUAGAAGCAAAUGAAAACUUGGAGAAGAAAACAAGCGAGAACUCAAUUGAGAGUCUUCCGGCUGGCACUGAGGCACCAGGGUUGGAUGAACCCAUUUUCGAAGAUGACCAGAUUUCCGAAACUGGUAAUGGCGACGAAUUAAAUGCAGAUAUUGCAUCCCAUGGAGAUCCUUCAAUGGAUGAUAAGCGCCUAACAGAAGAAGAAAUAGAAAGUUGGACAUUUACAGGAGCGAAUCCAGAGGAAGAUCGUGGAAACGAUGAUGAGAAGAAAGAAGAGGCCGAAAAUGAACUCAAAAGGCAGCAAGUGAAUGAGGGAGAAAUCGAAGUUUGGACUUUGACGGAUGAAAAAUCGGCGGAAGAAAUAUUAGAUUCAAAUGAAGCAUCACAGGCAGUAAAUCCAGUUGGCCAAAACUUUUCUGAGGUGGAACAGGAGAACUGUACAGAAGAUGAACCGAAUUCUGCACAAAUUGAAGAGGAGAUAUUGCCUACAAUAUCGUUGGACUCAGAGAGCUUUUCCAAUGAGGAAUCUCAAGAUACAAAUUCUCCCAAUAUUAAUCUCGAAAAUCAAUCCAACUGCAAUCAAGCUCCGCUAACCGACGAAGAGUGCAUUACAGUUGAUGAUAAAAUGAAUGAAAAUUAAUUCGAUGGUCUUCAGAGCGUGAUAGCUAAAUAUAACUCGCAUAAGUUCGCCCAAAAAACAAACGCGAAAACUACUGCACAGACCAAUGCCAUGCCAAGUAAAACCAAGGGUCCAAACUUUAGCGCGUUAAACUUGUUCAGCUCCUGCUUGGGAUAUUCCAAGUCAGAUUAG